CGCCCCGGCGGCUCCUGCCGACCGUUGGGGCGGCCUGCAGAAGUCCCUCCCUCAGGCCCCAGCCUCCACCUCUAAACCGCUCUUGUGGCGGCGAUCCAUGUGGGGGUUCAGGCUCCUGCGGUCGCCGGCGCUGCUGCUCCUGCUGCCGCAGCUCGGAAUCAGAGACGCCUCAUCGCGCUCUCAGGCCGGAACCAUGAACCCGGGCGGCAGCGGCGGUGCGCGAUGUUCCCCGUCGGCCGAGGGGCGCCGCCAGCAGUGCCUGCAGCUGUCCGCCGUGCCGGGAGCCGAUCCUCAGCGCAGCAACGAGUUACUCCUGCUGGCGGCGGCGGGGGAGGGACAGGAGCGUCGGGACCUCCCUGGGGACCGGGCGAAGGAGGAGCCGCAAUCGCCGCCACAGCAUCACGUCCUCUAUUUCCCGGGGGAUGUGCAGAAUUACCAUGAAAUUAUGACUCGUCAUCCUGAGAAUUAUCAGUGGGAAAACUGGAGUCUAGAAAAUGUUGCCACCACUUUAGCCCACCGGUUCCCCAAUAGUUAUAUUUGGGUGAUAAAGUGUUCCCGAAUGCAUUUGCACAAAUUUAGCUGCUAUGACAAUUUUGUGAAGUGCAACAUGUUUGGUGCCCCAGAACACAGUACUGACUUUGGAGCUUUUAAGCACCUUUAUACAUUAUUAGUUAAUGCUUUUAACUUAAGUCAAAACAGUUUGCUAUCAAAGAAGAAUGUGAAUGUUUGGAAUAAGGACUCCAAAGCAUCUAAUUGUAGAUCUAGUUCUUCUCCUACUACGAAUGGUUGCCAGGGAGAAAAAGAGAGGAACUGUGAACAAUUUGAUGAGUCUGUCAUGAGUUUUUACCCACCAUCACUAAAUGGUGCAUCUUUUACUUUGAUUGGAUUCAGUAAAGGUUGUGUUGUUUUGAAUCAGUUGCUUUUUGAAUUGAAAGAAGCCAAGAAAGACAAGAACAUAGAUACUUUUAUCAAAAGCAUAAGAACGAUGUACUGGCUGGAUGGUGGUCACUCUGGAGGAAGCAAUACUUGGGUAACUUAUCCAGAAGUCUUAAAAGAAUUUGCACAAACAGGAAUUAUCGUGCACACCCAUGUGACACCUUACCAAGUACGUGAUCCAAUGAGAUCUUGGAUUGGAAAGGAGCACAAGAAAUUUGUUCAGAUACUUGGGGAUUUUGGUAUGCAGGUGACUAGCCAAAUUCAUUUUACAAAGGAAGCUCCUUCCAUAGAGAAUCACUUCAGGGUUCAUGAAGUAUUUUGAGACUACAAGAAUAUAACAUACUUGUUCAGUGGAAGAGCAUAAGCACUUUGUUAUAAAUUCAGAUAAUGAGAUGUAACUCAGAUGCAUUGUCAGUUUGGGGGUUGGUGGGGGGAAGCACACAUUCCUAAAAUAUGAGUGCAAUGUGCAAUAGUAUUCCUUGCUUGUGAAUGUGAACAGUUUUUAAUUUGGAUUGGGUUAGAGUUAGUUAAUCUGAAAUCUAAAAACAUGGGUUGUGAUAAUCCUAUGAGUAGAUAUAGGACCCUUAAGAAUUAAAGUAAGUUAUGAUGUAAUCUUUAUAAAAGGUAACUACAGUUGUUCUUGUUGGAAAUAGUUGAUUUUCUGAGUAAUAUUUUAAAUCAAUUUUGGUGACAUUAUAACAGUAAUUAGCUAGUUUGGCACUCAAAACUUGAAUGGAAACACUUCAUUUGUCUUCAAAGCAGAGGAACACUGAUGUUUUCCAUCAUAUUGGAAUAACUGUACCCUGCCUCUUGUGUUUUAGAAAUUCAUUCUUUAAUGUGCCACCAUUUUUUUUUCUUGAGGGUCAAACCAUUUCCAAAUGCCAAGAACAUGCGAUAGUGUAAGAUUUGGUUUUGAGAAACAUAUUACACUUCAGCUCUGUGGCUUAAUUUUUAAUUGACAGUUUUUGGGGUUUUUUUUUUUUUUUUUGUCUUUUUGUGACUGGUAAGGGGAUCGCAACCCUUGGCUUGGUGUCGCCCGGACCGCGCUCAGCCAGUGAGCGCACCGGCCGUUCCUAUAUAGGAUCCGAACCCACGGCGGGAGUGCCGCUGCGCUCCCAAGCGCUGCACUCUUCCGAGUGCGCCACGGGGCCGGCCCUAAUUGACAGUUUUUAAUUGAUUAUUUCAGAUAAAACAUUUUGUGGUUUCUCGAAUCUUGGCCAAAAAUCAGUUGUUUUGGGAAAUGGAGCAUAAUUAUGUAUAUUGGAUAAAAUACACUAGAGCUGAUUUCAAAUUUUUCAUUAUAAUCAGUCUUUUGAAAGAGAUCAGCUUAGUUAGGUAAAAUAAAUAUAUAAUGCUCUACUUGUUAGUGCUCUAUUGAAAAGGAGACAGAUUCUACAGAUCUACAUCAAUGUGUCUCCAGAAGUAUGAUUUUGUCUGCCAAAAGAAAAUAGCUCUCUUUGGCCAAAAUGCAAAAUUAUAUUGCUAUAAGAAAAGUUACAAGGGAAAGUUUGAAGAUACAAAUGAUUUAAUUUUGGCUCAGAAACUGAAUUUGCUUAACACUGCUACAUAAUUUGGGUGAAGUUUCCUUCUGCCCGUUUUUUUUUGACCUAGAUAGAUACAUUUUGAGAAAUCAAGAUCUAAUGAAUGUCAACCAACAUCGAAACAUAGCUGUGUGAUUACAGUAAAAGGUAAGCACUUUUUUGUUGUUUAUUAAUAAUUAGCUUUUGCAGGUUAUGAAUUAACUAAGCAGGGAAGUAACAUGCUGCUUUAGGACUGAAAAAAAUAAGACACUGAAGCUUAAUAUCUUAAUGAUCCAGAAGGGGCUGGUCACUUAGCUCACGUGGUUAGAGCAUGGUGCUGAUAACACCAAGGUCCAGGGUUCGAUCCCUGUAUAGGCCAGCUGCCAAAAAGGCCCCAAAACUAUUUAAUGACCCAGAAGACCUAUAUUUAUAAAAUAUAGAAUACAAAUGUUGAUUUUUUUGGUUUCUUCCCAGAAUUAAAUUUUAAUGACUAUAAGUACAUUCCAAAUAUAAAGACUCAUGAAAAAGGAUUCUUACUUCAAAUGCUUAAAAAUAAAAAUCCCUUUUUGGUGUUUUAACAUUUAAUUAUAUGAACUACAGAACAAUAUCUCUAAAUGGUUCUUUUUUCUUUCUUUUUCUAAAAGACAAAGUAGUUUUAUAUUGCUUCGGUUUCUUUAAAUACCUACUGUUUCUUUUGAGACCAAAAAUUCCCAUCAGGGAAAUAAGUCAGCCUGAUUCUUAGAUUUUACAUAUUACCUUGCCUUUAAGCUCUAUGAUUGGGUGGCUUUUUAAAAUUUGUUUAACAAUCCUUGGUUAAAUUCACAAAUAGCUAAUGUAAUAUAGCUGUUACUGAAUGCUCUAAGGAGGGGGGAAGGAAAGACAUUUCUUUUCACAGUAUUAACUGAAAUGGAAAAGACUUUCAGCAGAAAAAUUCAUUUAAAAAAUCUUUGGUCUUUAAAAAUCUGGGUUCUUCAGCUAUGUGAAUGCUUAAUUGUAAUUGUUAUAUGUUGAAUGAAUAUUAAGAAUAACUCACUGGGCACCUAGAACAUCAAAAUGAGAAUGCUGAAAAGUAAAAAUAUUUUUUGGAAUGAAAAUAUAUUCAUGUUGAUCCAUAUUCAAAUGUUUUCUGUUUAAUAUUUCAAAUUGGUCCUUUCUCCACAUUUGUUUAAUACUGUUAUUGUAAAUGUUAGUGUAACCUUUUGGAUUGUGCCUUUGUCAUGAAAGAGUCAAUUGAGAAAAGUAGUCCAACAAAUAAUGUUAAAGUUGUUACCACCAAAGCAUGAAUGUAUAAUUGUAUUAAAAUUAAUAAUCCACAGAA